AGCGGGCGUUUCGCUCCCAGGUCCAGAGACGCCUUGUCCCAUCCCCGCCUCCCACCGCCGAGCGCGGCGUGACACCCACCCUCCUCCUCCUCCUCUUCCUCCUCCUCCUCCUUCCCAGCCCGGAUCGGCCCCCUCGGGGAAGGCGAGGCGACGGCGGGACGGCACCCGGAGCACCAGUCCCAGCAGCGGCAGCAGCAGCAGCCCCGCUCCCCACCUGCCCGUGGCGGAGCCCGGAGCCGCGAUCGUCGCGGAUCAGCGGUUGGUGCCCGGAGCCCCAUCGCCGCGGCCGAGCGGCGCCGCGUCCCGCUCGCCCAUGAGCGCCGCCGCUCUCUACAGCCUGGACUCCCCGGCAUGUUAUAAGAGCUGGUGCCUGGAGCCCGCCAACUUCUACGACGCCAAGGUGGGCAGCGGCGGCGGGCCGGGCCCCGCCUGCAAGCCGGGGGGCCGCGGGAUGAGCGGCGAGGAGGCGGGGGGCGGGCUGGGGGGCAGCGGCACCAACCUGGCGGAGCUGAGCGCCGCCGCCCCGGCCAUGUACGAGGACGAGAGCGCCAUCGACUUCAGCUCCUACAUUGACUCCAUGUCGGCCGUGCCCAACCUGGAGCUCUGCAACGACGAGCUCUUCGCCGACCUCUUCAACAGCAACCACAAGCCGGAGCGGGGCGGGGACUACGGCGAGUAUUUGCCGCCGGGCGGCGGGGCCGGCCGCGACCCCGCCAAGGACCUCGGCGCUGCCAUGACCACCCUGCUGGGCGCCGAGCCCCGCACCGCCUCCUCCUCCUCCUCCUCCUCCUCCUCUUCCUCCUCCUCCUCCUCCUCCUCCUCCCGCGGCGCCCUGAAGCAGGAGCCGGACUGGAGCGACAGCGACCUCUCCUCCUCGCUGCUGCCCUCGCAGAUCGCCACCUGCGCCCAGACCAUCAUGAACCUGAGCGGGCAGCCCACGCCGCCCACCUCCCCCGAGCCGCCGGGCAGCAGCUCCCCCUCCAGCUGCAGCACCCGCUCCCCGGGCCCCGCCGCCAAACCCCCCGUGGCCGUGGCCGUGGCCGUGGCGGCGCAGGUCGUCCCGCCGGCCGCCGGCGGGAAGGAGCGCGGCGGGAAGAAGUGCGUGGACAGGUUUAGCCCCGAGUACCGGCAGCGCCGGGAGCGCAACAACAUCGCGGUGCGCAAGAGCCGCGACAAGGCGAAGCGGCGCAACCAGGAGAUGCAGCAGAAGCUGCUGGAGCUCUCGGCCGAGAACGAGAAGCUGCACAAGAAGAUCGAGCAGCUCACCCGGGACUUGACCAGCCUCCGGCACUUCUUCAAGCAGCUGCCCAGCGCCUCCUUCCUGCAGCCCGGCUCGGGCACCGACUGCCGGUAACCGCGGGGGGAGCGGGACGGACAGACGGACUCCGGGAGACCGUGGAUAAAUACCUCAGAGGGCCGGGCCGGGCCUGGCCGCGCCGCGGGGCCCCGGGCCGGCCGCGGGGAGGAGGCGCGAAGCCGCGGCGGGACCCGCCGCCCGGGUGGUGUAGCGACGUGGGGCGAGGAUGCCCGGGUCUUCCACCACGGAACUUGCAAAAAAGAAAAAAAAAAAAAAAAAAGGAAAAAAAGCUAAAUAUAUAUAUAUAUAUUUUCUUCUCUCCCCUUAAAUUAUUUUUGUAAUGGUAGUUGUCGUCUUUUCUACAUUUUACUCAUACCGAUGCAGCUAUGGUACAUCUGUUAAAAUGAUUCAAAACCCAUGUAUUUUAGACAGUAGGAUAUAAAAAAAAAAAAAAAGACUGAGCAUGCUCGACCUUUUAUAUGCAUUUUUACAGCAUUUC